AUGACUAUUGGUCAGAUGUUUACCAAGCUUGAUGAUCUCAAACCCUUCAAGUCGACCUGGAGGGUGCGUGUCAAAGUCCUACACAGCUGGAGACAAUACGUUGGCCAGGCCGGUGAGACGAUGGAGUUUGUCUUGGCUGAUGAACAUGGUGGAAAAAUACAUGCUGCAGCGAAGAAGAAGGACAUAGGCAGGAUCUCCAAGGAUUUGAAAGUUGGCGAAUGGAGAGUCCUUGACAAUUUCCAGGUUGCUCAUGCAACGGGUCAGUUCCGUCCUACAAACAGCAAAUGGAAGAUGACGAUGACAUUGAACACGAAAAUUUCAUUGGUCAAGUACUCAACGUCCAGGAGAUCCAAACUGUACCUGUCCAAGGGAAGGAAAACACUAAUCACGAAGUAUUGGAUAAUUGCAGUGAUGAACGUGUUAGCGGAUGCCUCUGGGAGUCUUAUGCUGAGCAGUUAUAUGAUGCAUGCAAGGAAGCAAAUGGCGAACCGUUUACCUUCUGAUGGAUUGGCAAUUGCAAUGAACCUGAAAGAGGACGAUGCAUUAGUGCAGCUUCAGAAACAGCAAAAGGCGGAUGAGUGGUUGACGCUUGAUCUUAAGUCCGUUUAUGAUGUCACGAGUUCUACCGAGAUUGAGAAAUUUAGAAUCCGUGCAAAGGUCACUGCUAUUGAUACUGAUUGGGGAUGGUAUUACUUUGGUUGCGUUAAAUGUCAACAUCGGGUUUUCAAAGACUUGAAAAAGGAGUCUUCCACCAGACCACGACCAGUAGUUCCUAUUUGGUAUUGUGAUAACUGCAAGACAAAUAUCAAAGCGGUUUCACCAAAAUUCAAGCUACAUUUAAUCAUUGAAGAUGAUUCUGGUGAGACUAAGAUAAUGCUCAUGGAUUCUGUUGCUAACGGGAUGGUCAACAAGACAGCUGCAUUCCUACUUAAUGGUUCUACUGAUGAGAUUCAAGACCCGGAACUUCUUCCUGAUUCCAUAAAAGAUUUGGUUGGGAACACUUUCGAUUUCUUGGUGGGUGUAGAGAAGGAGCACAUCAUGUAUGGAAAUGACACCUACAAGGCUCACAAAGUGAAAAAUGGUCAUAUCACGGGUCAUUCUGAUUCAGCCAAUGAGAUCAUUACUGUUGAGGAUGAUCUCUCUCAAAUUCAUUCUGACAAUGAGGCCUCUGUUGUGAAGAGCAAUGGGAUGACACCAUCUCCUAAGCGCAGUAUUGAAGACAGCAAUAUCAGAAGUGAGCUCUCUUCCACUUCAAAGAAACAGUGCACCAAGCUCAUCAACCUAGAAGACGAAAGCAAUGGUGUUGAUGUGAAGACGUUGACCGAGUAG